GUGGAAGAUUCACUCGGAUGUCUGCCAAAUAUUCAAGGAACUAACAAAUGUCAACCGUUAUGUAUAUUGCCUAUCUAAUUUUAUAAAGAAUAUUCUCCCCAAAUGUAUAACGACAAAAUGUGUAACAAAACUACAUUUAGGUGUUGGGCGGGCAGAGGGGUGGAUACCAAAACCUAACCGGAUGCGGAUGUGGACAUUUAUCUUCUAAACAGCUCGCUUUUCUUUGACGGUCAGCUGGUGGCUAAAGGUCCAUCAUUAAAGCAAUAUUUUCCUGCUUAACAAGAAGAACAAAGUACACUAACUCAACGGCCGAAAGCGACCCGGCGCCUUUCCUACUUCGCUUGUUUUCGGACUGUCGUUUACCGGCCAAACUGGCCAGCUAGCUACUGUAGCUGGCUAUGCGCCCCAACAACUGGCUAACGAAAGAAGAGAGCUGUCAAAGGAGUAGGAUAUAACAACAGUCUUGCUUCAUGGAUAUCCUCCUAAUUGUUCCAGGGAAAGACCGAUAGCUAGCGCCAUUAGCGCUGUUUGUCGAUAGCAACGAUAACGUUAAAGGUUAUAGCCAGUUAACGUUACUGUUGUGAUAAUAUAUAUGAAUUAACUAAAUAUAUAAUGAUGAGCUAAUUAUUUGUUAGUCUAAUCAGAAAGCGAUAAGAUUUACCUAUUCAGUUUGCCAGUAUUCCUGGCAGUCGGCUUUUAUGGUGUCUGCUUACUCAAAAAGUCACGGAUGUCAAGAAACGUUAAUAAGGAAGGACAGGUUGUUUUGAUUGGCUUGGGGGAAUAACGUUAUUCUGUCAGUAUUGAUUAUUGUGAUUGCCCGUUAGUUAGGAAACGUUAGACAGCGGGGAUUAGCAGUAUGUGAAUCAUGUUUUGUGUUGAUUGAAGCUUUGCCAACGUGUUACAAGCUGUUGUAGGUCCUGGUGCCAUGUGUGUCAGAGGGUGUGACCAGCAGGUGAAAAUGGUUCUAAGGAACUGGACACCCAGUCAAGGAAGGAGCAAGUGUUAACGCUGCUGUAGGUCCCGGUAGAACUUUGCUGUCGUGGAAAAAGUACCCAAUUGGUCAUACUUGAGUAAAGUAAGGAACCUUCAUAGAAAAUGACUCAGUAAAAGUUAGUCAUACUACUUGAGUAAAAGUCUAAAUAUUUGGUUUUAAAUAUAGUUAAGAAUCAAAAGUUUUAAAUAUAAAUAAUUUCACAUUCCUUAUAAUAAGAAAACCAGACCACGAUUUUAUAGUUUUAAUUUACGGAUAGCCAGGGGCACACUAAAACACUCCGACAUAAUUUACAAACAGAGUUUGUGUUUAGUGAGUCUGCCAGAUCAGAGGCAGUAGGGGUGGCCAGGGAUGUUCUCUUGAUAAGUUUGUGAAUUAGACAAUUUUCCUGUCCUUUUAGGUGUCAGUGACAAUCUAUCGAGUAAAAAGUACAUUAUUGUCUUUAGGAAUGUAGUAAAGUAAAAUUCGUAAAAAGUAUGAAUUAUAAAGUACAGAUACCUCCCCCCAAAAACUUAAGUACUUUACACCACUGGAACUUUGUCUUCAAUUAUGAGACACAUCCUAUGACAGAUCACUAUCAGUUUACAUAAUAGCUACAGCAUUCCUGCAAAUGGUAAAAUAUAUAGAUUGCUUGUUAUGUUAGCCUGAUUUAGGAUUUUAGAUACAGUUGUUUGUCCAACCCCUUGUCACACCUCAACCAUAACCUGGAUUUGUACUGUAUGACAUUGGAGAGGACAAGUGAGUCAUAGAUGGUGUCUAAAUUGGCAUUAACAAGCUGAUUAGUAACAGUAUUGUAGGCCUUAUAAACAGUAAUGCCUCAAUGUGGUAUUGGGAUGCAUUCAUUAACCGUUGGACCAGACAGUAACUGGGCCUGAAAUGUCCCCUGGUUCUGAAUAUGUGCACAUGAGAUCUGAGUGUGUUUGUGUUUAUCAGAGACUUUUGGUGUCUAGGCUUAUAUUAAUGUGAUGAUAGGUUACAGUUGUACUUGACUGAGAGUGCUAGGUUGUAGCUAUGUGGACGGUGUUGUGGUUCCGCCCUGCAAUAAUGUCAACCCUAUUGUUGCUGCUAUUGCUGAGCAACUUAUGCAGGCUGGGACAGUCUAUGUCACGAGAGGAGAAGCUCAAGCUGAGGAACCAAGUGGUUGAGAUGUUUGACCAUGCUUAUUCCAAUUAUAUGGACCAUGCAUACCCAGCAGAUGAGCUGAUGCCUCUGACGUGUCGGGGGAGGGUGCGUGGGCAGGAGCCCAGUCGGGGAGACGUGGACGACGCACUGGGGAAGUUUUCUCUCACCCUCAUCGACACCUUGGACACUCUAGUGCUCUUAAAUAAGACGACAGAGUUUGAAGAAGCAGUGAGGAGAGUGUUGAGAGAUGUGCGACUGGACAAUGACAUCGUGGUGUCUGUCUUUGAGACCAACAUCCGUGUGCUGGGAGGGCUGCUAGGGGGGCACUCCAUGGCGGUGAUGCUGAAGGAUACAGGGUAUCACAUGCAGUGGUACCAGGAUGAGCUGCUCCACAUGGCCAAAGACGUGGGUCUCAGACUCCUGCCUGCCUUCAACACCAGCAGUGGCCUGCCUUACCCCAGGGUAAACUUGAAGUAUGGCCUCAGGAGUCCUGAGAGUCGGACGGGCACAGAGACGGACACCUGUACAGCUUGUGCUGGCACAAUUAUCCUGGAGUUCGCUGCCUUGAGUCGCUUCACUGGGGACCCUGUGUUUGAGGUCCAUGCACGGAGAGCCCUUGACUUCCUGUGGGAGAAGAGGCAGAGGAAUAGCAACCUGGUGGGAACAACCAUCAACAUCCACUCUGGAGAGUGGGUCCGCAGGGACAGCGGAGUGGGAGCAGGGAUUGACUCGUAUUAUGAGUACCUGCUCAAGGCCUAUAUUCUCUUGGGAGAUGACCUGUUUCUGCAGCGCUUCAACAUUCACUAUGCGUCUAUAAUGAAGUACAUCAGCCAGCCUCCUCUCCUGCUGGACGUUCACAUCCACAAGCCUCUGCUGCCUGCUCGCACCUGGAUGGACUCCCUCCUGGCCUUCUUCCCUGGGCUGCAGGUGUUGAAGGGAGAUAUCCGGCCGGCCAUUGAGACCCAUGAGAUGCUCUAUCAAGUCACCAAGAAACACAACUUCCUCCCAGAGGCAUUCACCACUGAUUUCAGGGUACAUUGGGCUCAGCAUCCACUAAGACCUGAGUUUGCAGAGAGCACCUAUUUCCUGUACAAGGCUACCAAAGACCCCUACUACCUGGAGGUAGGCCGCACGGUGCUGGACAACCUGAACCGAUUUGCCCGGGUCCCUUGUGGCUUUGCUGCCAUGAAGGACGUUCGCACCGGGAGCCACGAGGACCGAAUGGACUCCUUCUUCUUGGCAGAGAUGUUCAAGUACCUUUUCCUGCUGUUUGCGGAAGAGGAAGAUCUGACGUUUAAUGUUGAGGAUUAUAUCUUCACCACCGAGGCACACCUUCUGCCCCUGUCCCUGUCCACUGCGCCUCACGCCCCCUCUCCCGCCAACGCCACGGUACAGGCUCCAUCUCUGCCUCAUCUCUCCACCUAUGUCAAAUCUCUUUGGUCAGAGGAGGAGUUGGAUGACUCUAACUUUGAUUGGACCUGUCCCAACACACGCCUCCUUUUCCCUGACCCUGCCUUUCCACGGAACCUCCGAGAUCCAAUCAGGAGUGCUGUGGACAAGAGUUGUCCCCGUCCUGCCAUUCACCGUGAGCCGGGGAUGGGUCGCCCACCUCUGAGGGCUCAGGACUUCAUGGCCAACAACCCUGAUCACCUGGAGCUGCUGAGGAGGAUGGGAGUCAGCCUUAUACACCUUAAAGAUGGCAGAGUGCAGCUGGUCCAACACGCUACACAGGCGGUCAGUGCUGUGGCAGCAGAGGACGGCAUGCGCUUCAUGCAGGAGAUGAUGGAGCUGUCCAGCCAGCAGCAGAAGGAGCAGCUCCCUCCGCGCGCUGUGCAGAUAGUCUCCCACCCCUUCUUCGGCAGAGUGGUGCUGACUUCUGGCCCAGCACAGUUUGGCACAGAUCUUUCCAAGAGCAUCACGGGGGUUCGUGGGUUUGUGACAGUGGCUGAACCAUACAGUGGCUGUGCGGAACUGAGCAACGCUGCCUUUGUACAGGGCCGCAUUGCUCUGCUGCAGCGGGGCCAAUGUAUGUUUGCUGAGAAGGCCAGACACAUCAUGAAGGCUGGGGCCAUCGGCGGCAUCGUCAUCGAUGACAACGAGGGUAGCAGCAGUGACACUGCUCCCCUCUUCCAGAUGGCCGGCGACGGCCGCAACACAGACGACGUCACUUUGCCCCUCCUCUUCCUCUUCUACAAGGAAGGCAAUAUCCUGUUGGAGGCUCUCAAGGAGUACAGGGAGGUGGAGGUGCUGCUGAGCGACAAGGCCAGAGACAGAGGGAGGGAUGUUCAGGAGGAGGAGGAAGACUGUUCAACAGACCAAACUUCACCUAUCCCUGCCGCAACUCUCGACCAGUUACACGUGAGGACUGUGGAGCAGGAUGAAUCAGCUCCCCACAAUGAGGAAGUGACUCCUGAGGAAGAUGUGGGACCUGCCAUUAAGAGGAACCCUGAGCCAGAGGAGGAGCCUGAUGUUGACAAGGACUCUAGCAGAAAAUCAGUGGAAGCCAUGAUGGCUGAUUGGCGAGAGGACUUAGAAGCGUUUCAGCAGAUGGAGGAUGAGCUUUGACAACUUCCACAGUUCCCCCUCCUCUGGUCUGCCCCAGCCACCGUACAGGCCUGGGGUCAGUGGACUGUGCCUCAUAAAGAAUAAGGUUUUAGUGGGGCGAUGUUUUGAUAAGGAACGGUUACCAGGGUGGAAUACAGUGACUUCUUCUACAGCCCAGAUAUCUACUGUCUGGCAGUAUGAACCUCUGAUUAUUCACUAUUUUCUGGUUUUGUCUUAUUUUCACAUUGUCUUCCUCCAAAUGCUUUUCCAGGUCACUGACAUGUGGGAGCAGAUUCCAAAUGCUGGUUGAAUUAUAAUCCACUGGUUGAUUGGUUUAUUUAACUGUAAUGAUUAACUGAUAAGUUGUUGGAACAUUUACUAUUUUAUUUUGUGGGCCUAAUUUGUGGGGUCAAUAUUAAGCUACCUGACUGUGAGGGACUGCAGUGGCAAGCAGUCUAUAAAAGGCUGAUGCUGAGAAUCACUUAGCACUGGCACUCUCCAGGAAGAGACAAAGUUAUAUGUGACUGUAAAUAUGUAUUUGUCAGUUAUUUCCACAAUGGUUUAAAAUGCAGUGCUGCUUUGCUCAGGUUCUGGUCGGUAUGAGAGACACCGGGUACUGGCUACCCAAGAGGGCAGACAGUACCACCAGCUGACCAGCAGAGGGGAUCCUUGUUUGAGACAUCUUACUGGUCUGACUGGAGCUUGAUGACAUACUGGAAGACCAAGGAAACAAAAAAGCCAACAACAUAAUGAACUUUAAUUAAAUUGAUAAGGAAAUUGAAAA